CGCUCGCGAGAAGGGACGUGCGCGCGGCUCUCCCGAUAUAACACACGUUUGUUUUGCUUCAUUCAAAAACAUGAGCUGAACUUAACAAAGUGACAAAAAAAAUACAAAUUAAAAUGUGGUCUCUGUGGAUCUUCCUGUUGCUCUUCUCCACCACUUCAGCCCAGGAGUCGGCUUGUUGCGCCCGAGCGACCGGAUCGUGUCGCUCUGCUUGCGAAAAGAUGUCGUUGGUGAGCGUUGCGGCCGAUCCAGCCGAGUUGCAUUUGCGCGUCGAUGAGGUGCAGAAAUUCUGUCCAGACCAAAUGGUGCCGUUCUGGGAGUGCAUGAACGAGACAAUCAGAGACAUUAAGCGCGGCGGGAGUUGGUCAGGCCGCUUGUGCUGUCCAUUGGCUCUUUCGGCGCGUUGCCAGACCUCGUGCGUCAAAGCGUCGUCGCGCUCCGACCUGACGCUCAACUGUCGGCAGAGCGACGAGAUCGACUUCUUCAGCUGCCUCUCUCGUCAGGAGGUCGGCGACGAGUGUUGCGCUCCGGCCCAUUCGCCCGAGUGUCGCUCGGCGUGCUCGGCCGUUUUCCGGACGGAACGCACGCCUAGCAGGGCUGCACUGGAGGCCGUUUUGGAAACGUGCGGCGAACGCAGCCCGCGGGUCCGCCAAUGCGUCAGAAAUCACACCAAACUAAUGCCGGCGCACAACACUGAAAAAUAUUUGCACUGUUGCGAGAGGAGUCAAAACUUGCAGUGCAGCGAAACGUGUCGACGCGCGUUGCGGACGAAAACGACGCAACACGAAAUCGUGGACGCGCUGCAGGACGGAGGCUGCGGCGCCCCCAUGCAAUUUGACUCGGACAAGGUGUGGACGUGUCUGAUGCAGAGCGGCAACUCGGCGUCCGGGCGUCCGUCGUCCGGCAACUCAGGCGAGGCGUCGCGCAUCGACCGGACGGGCAUCGACAGCGCCAAGCUGCAUUGCUGCUCCAAGGCGCGCAGCCCCGCGUGCCGCCUCCACUGCGUCAAGACCUUCCAGAACGAGUGGUCGCGCAACGACGUCUUCGACCGCGACUGCCUCUCACAACCGCACGAGGAGAAACUCGUCAGGUGCAUCACUGACGUUGAAGAGCCGUGCGAGUUGGGGUGCGACGGAUUGAACUACUGCACGAAUCUGAACCACCGUCCGACGCAGUUGUUCCGCAGCUGCAACGCGCAGGCGGACGAGGCGGCGCGUUUCGACGUGACCCUCUGGCAGCAGCAGGGCUUCAUUCAGAUGCCGGGCGGCUUUUCCCUGCCGGUCCGCAACACGUCGCACUGCAACCCCGACGCGUGGAAGGCGGUCGCGUGCGCCCUGCAGACGCGCCCCUGCCACCCCCAGGAACACACAUCCAACAUUUGCUUCCACGAUUGUGUGGAGUUGUUGAGCGAGUGCGUGGACCAAGAGCGGCUGCCGGCAGGGGCGAGCGUGGCGACCAUGUGCGGCCGAUUGUCGCCCGAAGGCGCCUCUUGUAUUUCCCUGCGCAACUUUUUGCAGCCAAGCGCCGAAUGGGCCGUCGCAGCCCUCGACCUGCAGGUCACGGCACCCUGUCGCGGUGACCCCUGCAACGAGUCCGAAGUCUGCGUCGUCAACCGCAAUUGUCCCGCCGGAAAAGCCUGUCCUCAAUAUUCUUGCAUCAAAGGUUGUCGUUUGGGGGAUGUGUCGCAGUACGUGGUGCCUCGUGGCUCCUACAUGAGGUUCCCAGUGUCUCGGGGCAGCAAGAGUUGCAUCAAAAUUUGCCAGUGCUCGGCAAAGGGCACUGCAGAAAGUUGCGUCCAGCUGCCCUGUUACUCGCUUGACGCUUGCAUGCUGGGAUCAUUCAAAAUUGAGCACGGCGACACAUUUUUCAUGGACUGCAACCUGUGCAGUUGCUACGCGGGCGAGAUAACGUGCAGCAAAAGACACUGCGAGCCACUUUCGACGCCUCAUCAACCCUACUCCAGUUUACCCUGCAACUGCCCCGCGCACCACAUGCCCGUGUGCGGCCGAAACGGAAACACCUACCCAUCUGCGUGCCUUGCAAAAUGCGCCGGUUUGAAAGACUCGGACUUUGACAUGGGCCCCUGCUCGAGCCGCGACCCCUGCGACCCGAACCCCUGCAGCGUUGGCCGGUGCGUCCCUUUGCGCCAAGUGUGCCUUUCACAUUUCCACAAGACUUGUCCCCAGUUUGAGUGCGUUGACACCAGCAGACCGUGCUCAGAGGCGACGUUUGACCCUGUGUGCGACGCCGACAACCAAGAGCACCCCAACCUCUGCUACUUGGUGCAGUAUAACAAGAGACUAGCUUACAAGGGCAAGUGUUUGGCCAACUGUAAAUGGGUUGGCGUCGUGUGUGGUGCCGACGGCCAAAGUCACCUUUCCGAAUGUGCAGCUCUGGCCUCCCGAGUGGCCGUCGACUACGAAGGUCCCUGUUUGGCCGUUGGCCUGGCCCUUCCCGCGGCCGCCCCCCAGUGCGGAGCCACCGUGCAGUGCCGGCCGCUGGCGGCCGCGGGCUGCGCGGCGGCCACUCCACCAGGGGCCUGUUGCCCAGCGUGCGGGGGCGCCUUGCGAGUGCUCUUCAGCCAGAAACAGGCCGACCGCGCUGUUCUGGCCGUGCGACGGCCGUCGGCCGUCUCAGUGGCCGCCGUGCUUGCCGCCUUGGAGCGGCACGUGCAGACGGCUGAGUGCCGACUGCUCGGCCACCUCACCGUCGAGGCCGAUCUCUUUGUGCAGGUGCGGCCAGUGUUCUCCCACCCCUCGGCCCUGCAGCUGGCCGCCUGCGUGGCCGAAGCGCACAAACUGGCCGCAUUGGUGCAGCAGGACAGCCCCAGGCUGCUCAGCGAGCUCAGUCUCUCCGUUUUGACAGCGGCCGAGGUGGCUCACGGCCCGGCAGCCGUGGCCGCCUCGGCCUCUACCCUGGCACUUGGCGUGUGGCCGUUGGCCGCAAUUGUGGCCGCCCGACUCGUUCUGUGAUAAAUGAAACUGCGAGAAACAACAAGAAAAAAACAGUGACGUGUUACCAAAAAGUGAUUUUCACCUGACUGCGGAAUUUAA